AUGAAUGUCACCAAUCCUCCCACGGGCCAAAGCCCCAUCGAGCCUUUCAAGGUCGACUUGUCAAAGAAUAUGCCGAGAAUGCUCGAGUUGGUGAAGAAUACCAAGUUGCCUGAUAAAUCUGCCUACUCUAGUCUUGGAUCAUCGGCCGGUAUUGACUUGGAUGUCCUGAAGGAACUACAGAGAGAAUGGGUAGCGGAUUUUGACUGGAAAACAGAGGAAGAAGACAUAAACAGUUAUAACCACUUCACCACAACCAUCGAGGACUUGAAGAUUCACUUCAUCCAUGAACGCUCUGGGGAACCUGAUGCAAUUCCGCUUGUCCUCUUACAUGGCUGGCCAGGCUCUUUCCUGGAGGUUCUGCCUGUCAUCAAACCUCUGACUCAAAAGGCGAAAACCUCGGCGGGCAGAGACGUCUCGUUUGAUAUCGUCGUCCCCUCACUUCCAGGUUUUGCUUUCUCCCAAGCCCCGCCAGCAAAUUGGACUGUUGUCGACACGGCUCGCAUUUUUCAUUCCCUCAUGACUGAAGUUUUGGGCUAUCGAACUUUCGCUGUCAAUGGUACCGAUUGGGGCUCCGGAAUCGCUUAUGCCUUGUAUGAGCAAUACCCCGCCGCUACUCGGGGUGUGCACUUUUCCAUGAUUCCUUUCAUGCCCUUGCUGAAGGAUCAGCUCACAGCUCGCGAUAUUACCCUUACUCCAGAAGAACAAUUCCAGGAGAGGAGGUUCGCAGGUUGGAACAUGACUGGUAAUGCCUACUUCAUGGUGCAGGUCACAAAGCCAACUACAAUCGGACUCGCCUUACAGGAUAACCCAGUUGGCCAGUUGGCAUGGAUUGCGCAGCAAAUCAUCGACUGGUCAGAUCCCCGGGCUGGAACUGGUCCGUCUGCUCUAACUCACCGAGAAAUCCUUCGAUUUACGUCACUCUACUUCCUUACUGAAACAUUUCUCUCGUCUGUCUUUAUUUACUCAUCAAAUCCCAAUGGGUUUAGACCAGAGUACACCAAGGCUCCCACUGAUGCCCCGAUGCUUUACAGUAAUUUCAAGUACAACAACGCUUUCUUUCCCCGAGCCUUAGUGGAAAAGGUUGGAAACCUGGUGUAUUGGAAGGAUCACGAUUUUGGCGGCCAUUUCCCAGGGGUUGACAACCCAUCAGCCCUCACUUCUGACCUUAGAGAGCUUGCGAACUAUUGGGUGUCAUAG